AGGUUUAAAAAUGAAGAGAAAACUAUCACCCUCUUCAUCGUCAUCAUCACCAUCUUCAUCGUCAUCUUCAUGCAUCAUUGAACAGCCUCUGACCAUCCCUAAAAUCAAGAACAAGAAGAAACCCCCAACAACUUCUGCAGAAACUGCUGUUCGCAGAAGCUCCAAAUUCAGAGGUGUUACCAGGCAUCGAUGCACUGGAAGAUUUGAAGCACAUCUGUGGGAUAAGAGUUCAUGGAACAUUGCCAAAAAGAAGAAAGGAAAACAAAUUUAUUUGGGGGCAUAUGACGAUGAAGAGGCCGCUGCCCGCACAUAUGAUCUUGCUGCUCUGAAAUAUUGGGGACCUGAAACGACCCUUAAUUUUCCGAUUGAUACGUACAAAAACGAAAUGAACGAAAUAGAGAAAAUGUCGAAGGAAGAAUACAUUGCUUCGUUAAGAAGGAAGAGUAGCGGAUUUUCAAGAGGCGUUUCAAAGUACCGAGGUGUAGCAAGGCAUCAUCACAAUGGAAGAUGGGAGGCUCGGAUUGGACGAGUCGAUGGAAACAGAUACAUAUACUUGGGGACAUUCGCCACCGAAGAGGAAGCGGCUAGAGCAUAUGACUUAGCAGCCAUACUGCAUCGGAAAGAGAACGCGGUUACUAACUUUGAUAUUAGCAUUUAUUCAGAUUACUUGGAGAGUUUGCCUACUCAACAACCUGAUGAUUCCCCUCAAGCAGAAGCAAUAUCAAAUGAUGAGGUGAAUGACAACAAUCAUGAUGGCGAAAAAUAUGAACAACAAUUAGAAAUUGCAGAACCUCAAGAAAUUGCGGAACAACUAGAAGAUGUUGCGGAACAACUAGAAGAUGUUGCGGAACAACUAGAAGAUGUUGCGGAACCUCACCAAGAAAUUGCAGAACAACUAGAAGAAAUUGCAGAACCUGUGAAUCCAAAUCUCAAUUUCACAUCUUCGGUUCAAGAUGAAGAAGACCCUUGGAGCUUCUGUUGGGACGUAUGUUAUGAUCCAUUUUCUUUUUCCCCUAAUUCAUUUGACGAGUAUGGCGAAGGUAUGCCCUUGGACUUCUUUUAUGAUGAUGGCUUUGAGGCCAACAUCGACUCCAUUUUCAGCGAGCAAAAUUUCGACAAAAAUGGUUGUGUGGCAUCACCUUCGAGUUCUUCGAUGUCCUCAGCCUCAACGGUGAGCUCCUUUUCUGGUCCUUCGGUUUAG